AAGUUUUCAAUGCCUUUUGUAUAAAGUGGUGAAAUCGAGACUACUUAAAUCGAUAGUCGUUUGUGUGUUAUGACUUGAGUUAUGAGCUACGCCGGUAUUACACUAUCAAUACUUGAGUUGAGUACAGAGUGGAGGUAGUUGAGUUUCGGAGUCGUAGUUUUAUGUAUGUUGUUCGACGACAUGGGACGUUGAUAGGUGCCAUUAGUUAUGUUAUACUGAAUGAAUUCAUGUACAAGUUAAGCGAAUUCAGAUAAUUUGUAUCAGUUUUAUUGCAGUCGUCUAACGCGUAAUCAAAUAACAUUGAUGUUGUCGAAAUGGGUUAACAUUUUUUUUAUUUGGCAGUUAUGAUUCUCUCAUUUCAUUGCACAAGAAGACCUGAUGUGAUCCGAGAGGGAUAAUAGCAUAUGAAUGUGAGCUGCUGAACACCAUUGAUGAAGAGUGUGCUGUGUAUGACACUCAGUAGAGAUUUGCUUAACGGUGGUUUCAACGCAACAUCUACAAUGCGAACCCCUGAAUGCUCUUGUAAAAGGGAAAAAGCACAAGGAGAUUUAGGGUACAAGAGCUGAGACUCAUGGAAGUGGACAUGGUGCGCAUGUUACUCUUAAGGAGGAGGCAAGAGCGUCGAAGGUGGACACGUCAGCUCAAUGGAAUGAGGCACCAUGCAAUAUGGCAACGUAACCUGAGGGAUGAGAUGAAUCCAUUUGAAAUGCCCGAGAGCAACUUCAUGGCGAAAUACAGACUGAGUCGGGAGGUGGUCUGUAAUUUGGUUGAGGAACUGCGGCCGUACAUGAAAGGCCAUCAAAGAACCACAGCCAUUCCUCUGCACUUGAAGGUUUUGACAACUCUUCACUUCUUGGGACAUGGGUCUGUUCAAAAGGGGGUAGGGGCUGACAAUGUAGCUGCCAUGAGUCAGCCAAGCGUUUCAAGGUGCAUUGAUGAAGUUGUGAAGGCUCUUAAUGUGCCUGCAGUUCUGAGGGCUGGUGUCCCCUUUCCUGAUACACGAGAAGAAAGGUUUCGUAUUAUGCAAAGGAACUUCAGAUGCUCAUCCAUUCAUGGUGUCAUUGGGUAUGUGGAGGGAGCUCAUGUAAUUAUUGCAGCUCCUGAUGUUCACGAAGAGCAGUAUGUGAACAGGCAUGGCACACAUUCCCUGAAUGUUCAAGUGGCAUGUGACUCGGACAUGAUGAUCAUAAAUAUCUUGGCACGAUACCCUGGGUCAUCGAGUGACUCCUUUGUGUGGGCCAGUUCUGCACUCAGAUCGAAAAUAGAAGAGUUGUAUAGAGGAGGAGAAGAAUGCUGGUUAUUAGGGGAUUCUGGAUACCCUAAUGAACCGUGGCUCCAUAUACCAGUAACUGAUCCUCUACCUAACAGCAGAGAAGCCAGUUUUAAUCAAGCCCACAUGAUAGCUAUAAGCAUUGUGAAGAAGACAAUAGGACACCUACGCAACAGAUUCAGGUGUUUAAAUAAACACAGAGUACUGGAGUACAACCCAGUGAAAGCAGGCUUCAUUACAAAUGCGUGUGCAGUUUUGCACAACAAAUGUGUGACUGCCCAUAUUCCUCUGCCUCAAUCUGAAGCAGAUCACAGUGACAGCAGCAGUGAUGAAGAUGCGCCACCACCAGUGGUGAAUGAAGGCCAUGCAAGAGACAGAUUGCUGCAGGAGGCUCGAGUUGUCAGAGCGGGAAUUAUUGCCAGAUUGCCCCCACUUCCACCUGGUGGACCCUACAACCCUUGCACGGCCCAUUCACAUUACCAAAGAUAGUAUUUGUCUCAAAUUUUCAGAAACAUGGAAUUUCUUUUAUUAGAGUAGAAUCCCCAUGAAUUUCCUCCUGUGGUUAAUUUACUAUGUGAUAGAAAUGUUUGUUUUAUAUCUGUGCUGCAGUCUGUGUGAAAUUCGCAUUCCAUACUAACCGUUUCAGCACAGUAGCCAAUUUAUCUUUCAGUAAGCUUGUCCCCAGUUAAAGUAACAGACACUGUGAGGUAACAGACACUGUGAGGUAGCCAUCUUUGAUUUUUAUGUAAUGAAAAUGAUGUUAACUCUUUAGAUAAGAAUUUAUUUCCUCAAUCAAGACAAAUUACCUUUCAAAAGCAAGUCAGCAUGUUACAAUUUCCUCUGUAUUUUAGUGAAAGUAUUGUUUCAUUAGUACUCUAAUGAAAGUCGGAGUCAAAUUUGUACAAACAUGAUUUAAUAAAUUUGUAUAAAAGCAUGAAUACAUAGUUUGCAUCACUGACAUGAAUUUUUAAUUAUGCUUCAGUGCUUGCUUCGAUUUCAAUGUCUGAUUAGAAUGUAAUAUAAUUCAAAUCAAAUUUCGCUGUUUACGCUACUCAUUGUCUCUCCUAUGCCUCAGGUACUCCUCCAGUCUGGAAGAACAUACAACAGUUAAACAAUAAAUAAGCUGGGGAAAAAUCAAAACAUUGAAAUUUAUUUGAAAUUUACUCCUUCAUGGCUCAUACAAACACCCCAGCUGCUCCUACAAAUGCCUCACCUGUAUUUUCAAUGGCAACAGUCCUGCGUUCUUCACACUGAAGCUGUGCACGUCUGAUGGUGUUUUGCUCCUGCAUCCAUAUCAACUGUUGUCUGGUGAUGUCUACCUGAGGAUCAUCAUCUUUGGCAGCUG